ACAUACGAGAAAACAGCCCGAAAAAAAGGACCGGGCCAAUUGGAAGAAAGGAAAAGUGCAGAAUGGUGCGUCCCACUCGCUCCAGUUCGAUUCUUGUGGCUGAGGAAGCCAAACUAAUCAACGCCAAUCUAAUCCAUCCCAACCACACUGCAUCGAAAGAUCAACGCUUAGAUUUCUCCCACACACACUCGACUCAACUACGACCAACAUCUCACCGUUGAUUUAAUGCUCUCGUACACUUUUCCUUCUUUGUCGUUAUUUAUUUCCUUCACGUCUUUCAUUUCCUUGCUUCUCAAACUCAGUGCUUCUCUUCACAGUUUCGCCGAUUUUGCUCUUUCGCCUUUCUCACUUUUGAAGGGGAAAUUGGUGGUUUGUUGUUUAAGGAAAUCUAUCAAUCAUGAUGCCUGAUGAUACUGCUGCAGAAGCAUGUCAUGAUGGUGGGAGGGGUGAAGCUCAACCAAUGAACAGGAACCGGUCGGCGUGGAUGGCUCAUUGGAUGAAGUCAAGUUAUAAAUCAGCAUCCCCUGCUUGCAAUCGUUUGGGGGUAGAUUGUGAGCUGAAUGAAGAGAAAGAAGACGGCGGUGCUGAGCAGCAUGGUUUGCUUGGUGGGAUAGGUAGUUCUAUGCACGCUGGAGCAGUUGGAGAAGCAGUUAGGGCCACAAGUGUUACCUUCAACAGUGAGGCAGACAAUGAAAAAGCGAAGAAGGCAUGCUGUGAUUCCAAAUCAUUUCCUACACUGAAAUUUACUGGAAAGUUGGAUGGAGAAUUGCCUCUGCAGAGGGAAGAGCACGACGACGAAGAUGGGAAAUCUGAAACUGAACCCUGCUCUGGAGAUGGAACUAUUUCUCUCGAUAGAGCUGGGACUUCCCGAGCAGGCUUAUCAUCAAUACCUACACAUGUUCCUCUGAACAUUGAAACCGUAGUAAAAGAGUGUCAAGUGUUGUCUCAAGAAGUUUUACCGACAGCUCUGCUGAUGAAAUCUCCGUGGGAUGUUGAACAGCAGAACCUCACUGUUUCAGCAUCACUAUGGGAUGAUUUUGUAAAAGCAGCUUCUGACGCUGACGCAGUGCCAACUGGACGUAGCAAAGGGAAAGCUGUGAUGUCCCAACUCACGCAUGAACCGUUUGAAAUCUGUCAAUCCAGCUACAAUUUAGCAGCCAGAGGGCGAUUCGAAAGUUCCAAAUAUCAUACCUUUUCGUCUCUUUUAAUCAGCGAGAAGAAAAUGAGCAGCCUCUUAAAUCCCCAAAGAUCCUUUUUUUCAAGAUGGAUGCAAGGUGGUAUUACUCGUUUACCGCAUGAUUCAGCAGCUGGUAGCGGCGAUAGCUUAUAUUUUGUUGGUGGUAAGCAACAUGAGAUUGAAAACUAUGUUUCUAAUCCAAAUAUUACGUGCCAGACUGAAUCCUCCGAGGCAGAUAAACUACAAAAGUUGUGUGGACUAAACUCUGUGGUUGACCGAAUUCCCUGUUCUAUUCAUGAUGUGGAAUCUAUGAAGAUAUACACCAGUAUAGAUUCAGUUGAAGAAUCGUCUAGAGGACGUCCCAAAAUUUCCCAGGCAACUCACCAUAUUCUAAUGUCAAAAAACACUGAUGUUACCUUCUCUGACAGAGGUCAGUUCUUUAGAGAGCCAAUAGCACCUAUCAAAUUCAAAGGAAACGCUUUCAAUGAGAUCCUUGAUUUCUCUCCACCCACGAGUGGCCAUGCUCUGAAGCUGGAAGGUAUAGGAAGCUCCAUAAAGAAUGGAGGAAAGGAAAAUGUCCACGAUUUCAAAUUUCCAACAUGCCUAAAGAAUGAGUCAUCUGCUGAAACAGAUACUAUGGACAUCGAUGCUUUACAUAAGAAUGAUAUUCUCGGUGACGUUUCAUUCCAAACAAAUAAGUGCUCCAAGGAUAGUCAAAAUUCGCUCACGUCUAAAGUUGCAACAAUUUCUUCCAGAGAGAAAAACCUAGCAAAAUCAAUGAAUACAGCUAUACCAGACAUAAACGAAGAGCCUUGUGACCUUCUUGCUGAGGAGGGUCCUGUGGUUGAUAGGGAGGCUAGCACAUCACGAACCCACAGCCUUGAAUUGGAUCACUUUCUUUCUCAUGCAGAUGAACAUGUAAGGUCAAAUUCUGGCAAUAGCUCUUUUGGAUCAGAUCCUAGCAGCAGAUGGGUCAAACGACUCAAGUUGGGCACAUUGGGCUCUGCUCAUGGGACUGAGGGUACAAGAAUAGGAGAACCUUUCUCGCAUGAAAAAGUUAAUAGUAUAUUUGGCAAAAUUAUGAAAGAUAGCAAACUCCGUUUGGAACCGAAAAUGAUAUAUCAAGCUGAAGGACAGAUGGUGCCGCAUAUACCUGUAACAGUAUCAACAAAUGGCAAGUCCACUUUAACUGAAGCGAAGAAAACUGUAGAAAUUACCCUUUCACAUCCCUGGAUUCAAAGAUGGAGUCAUAAUCGUGCUGCUUCUUCCCAAAAGAGGCAUGAAUUAGGGGAGCUUCAUGAACAAAAGUCUUCAAAUGGCGUGCUAGAAGAGUCUCAAAAGAAACAGUUUCCGAGCAUUGCUGCCAUGGCUCUGAUGGGAAAGGCAAUGAAUAGUUUGAAUCCAUCCGAGCUUAUGAAAAAGGGACCAGUGAUAGUUUGGAAUAUGAAGGGGUUUUGAAAUCGUUGGCCAUUGUUGAUAUAAAUUUUCUAUGGAGUUUAUGGUGGGUGGGCGAUUCUCAGGAUUAGUCCAAGAAUACAUAUAAGAUUUGACAUAUGGCUACUUACUUCUGUACUCGAAGUCUUGGAGAAGUUAGAAAUGCUAGGGGCCGUGUGUAGCCACAAUAAUGUUGAAUAGUUGCUCAUCUUACUUCCAUAUUCGCCUCAGAUUUGGCUUAGUCAAAACACAAUAUAAGCGCUGCAUGCAUCUGAAGUAGUUAUGUAUCGGAGCGUGCAUUUUUGUGUAUGUAUAAAAUUAUUAUGCAAUAACUCAGGAUGGGAGAAAUAUCUCAAGAGGGAUUGAAUCCAUUCUUACCACCCAAGUAAACUGCCAAGUUAAGCAUAUAUCGUGGUGAAGGAGUUCAUAUUGGGUUGAAAUUUUCAUUCUGAAUAAUAGCUUCUCAAUGCAA